AUCGGUUUACGAAAUUUAUUGCACGUCAAUGAUAAUAUCGUGAUAUUUUAUCGCGUGGCAGAUACUUCGUCCGAUUAUAUGUGAUCAAGGUUCGUCCGAUUAUCAUUUUCUUAUUGUGAAAUUCAAUUCAGUUUAAAUAUCAUCAACUGUGCUAGUAGUCUAACCAUUAUUUUGACACCCAAAGAAGUAUCGCAAAACACUCUUCUCGAUGGAUCCUAGGUUGCUUGAAGCAUCCCACACAGGGAAUGUCGAUCAAUUGUACUCCUUGGUCAGAGAAAACGUCCUCAUCCUCAACGCAGCAUCUCUCGUCGAAGGAGACAACCCUCUACAUAUUGCCUCGAUGGCCGGCCACGUGAAUUUCGUCAGAGAAGUCCUCAAACUGAAGACGGAGUUUGCGGACGAGCUGAACCAGGACGGUUUCAGCCCUCUGCACAUUGCCGCGGCGAGGGGCGAUGUGGAUAUCGUUCGGGAGCUUUUGAAAGUGGGCAAUCGCCUGUGCCUUGUGAAGGGGAGAGAGGAAAGGAUUCCUCUGCACAAUUCAGUCGUCAAGGGGAGGAGCGAAGUCUUGAAGGAACUGGUUUCGGCUUGUCCAGAUUCCAUCGAGGAAGUGACGGCUCGGAGGGAGAGCGCACUCCACCUCGCUGUGAAGAACAGCCGGUUUGAGGCAUUGAAGUUGCUGGUACAGCAGCUGAAGCAGUCGAACAAAGAGCAUGUCAUGAAUUGGCGGGACGGCCAAGGGAACCAGAUCUUGCACCUCGCGGUGGCUAGAAAGCAAUACGAGGCAAUGGAGUUCCUGCUCUCAGGCUAUGCAAUUGACAAAGAUCUGGUCGAAGUGAACGCCAGAAAUGAGGCGGGUUUAACGCCUCUAGACAUCCUAUUGCUCGUUAACAGUGAAGCGGGUGAUGCGGAAAUUGCCGAAAUCCUCACACGAUCUGGAGCCACGAGGUCAAGGGGAUUGCCUUCUAGUUCUAUGGUAACGAUGGCGACCGAAGACCCUGAACCCCAAACCGAUCAAUCAAAUGGACGUCUCCACCAAUCACGUAGAACGUGGACCGACCGUUGCACAUGUUUCUUGAAGCUCAAAUUUGAGACGCCCCGAUGGUUCAAGGAUUUCGAGUACAGGAAAGGAAGGGACUCCCCGGGUGAUGUACGGAACGCCUUGCUCGUUGUCGCUGCUCUCAUCACGACUGCUACCUAUCAAGCCGUGCUUCAGCCGCCGGGCGGAAUGUGGCAGGACGAUUCAGGGCCCUCGACUGACAGCACUGAUGCCACGAACAACAGGACCACAUCGUACAAAGCCGGCCAGGCAGUUUUGGGAACGAAGAACCCAGUAGCGUACAUCCUCUUCCUCAUCUUCAACACGGCUGGAUUCUUUGCCUCCCUCCAGAUGAUCGAAAUCCUCACAUUGGGAUUCCCCAUGAAGAGGGAGCUGCGAAUCGCGCUGAUCGCCCUGGUAACGACGUACGACAUUGCAAUGAGCGCCCUCACACCCAACACUUUCCUCGGCUACUUCUUUGUCUGUCUCUCGAUUAUUUUGCCGUUCAUAAUCGCGCUCGUAAGUCUGUGGGUAAGAAAAUAAAGUGGUCCGUACAAAGGACAUGAUUUAAUUAAGACUGAGAAACGUCGAAUGCAUUCCUACCUCAGUCUGUUGCAACCUACGAACUUGAGAGGGAACGAAUUAUUGUGAAUGAAGCCACCACUGUUGAAUGUGCCGAACUUUUUAGUCAAUGUAAAGUUUGCUUUUUAUCCAUGAAAACAUGAGGGGUUUUCCAGC